CCAAUAUCAACCAUCAUGGAUCAAUUGGCCGCUACUUUUGAUAAUGCCCUGGCAUCGGCACAUAUGGAUGCCGUGGAUCUGAUUAGGGCAAUCUAUAUUGCCCUCACCUCGGUGGUCCUGUUCGCCAGCCUGCUGGACUCGUUCCAUGCCCGCUUUAUUCCCUACGGGGCCCGCGCCACCCCGGCGCAGACGUCUGCGCGUCAGCCAGCCGAGACUCCGAGUAGAUCGAUCGCGGGGCGCGCGCUCGACGUGGUCGCCUCGUGGAAGGUGCCCCACCGGUACUUCACCCAUUUCUACAUCGCCUCGGUGGUGGCCUCGGUGUUCUGGGCGGCUCAGGUCACGCUGCGUGGCGGCGCAUUUGAAGCGAUUGCGACGCGGGUCAGCCCGGAGCAUCGGGAUCGGUCCAUGGCGAUCCCCCAGAUUGUCAUGUGCUGGGGGUUGAUGCUGGUCCAGGGAGGUCGGCGACUGUACGAGUGUUUUGCCUUUUACAAGCCGUCCUCGUCCUCGAUGUGGUUUGCGCACUGGCUGGUGGGGCUCGCCUUUUAUCUAUUGGUGUCGGUUUCCAUUUGGAUUGAAGGAAGUGGUACACUGCUGUCUCAUCAGAUCACGUUGGAUGACGUCAAGGUAGCCAAUGCGCCGUCCCUGCGCACCUUCUUGUGUCUUCCGGUCUUCUUGAUGGCAUCCGGGUUGCAGCACGACGGCCAUCACUACCUGUCUUCGCUCGAGAAGUACACCCUGCCCACGCACCCCAUGUUCUGCAGUAUUGUCUGCCCGCACUACACCGCCGAAUGCGUGAUCUACCUCUCUCUGGCUGCGCUCGCUGCUCCGCCCGGCGAGAUGAUUAAUAAAACGCUCUUCCUGGCGCUGGUGUUUGUCGCUGUGAACCUGGGCAUCACGGCGGGGACCACGAAGCAGUGGUAUGCGCAGAAGUUCGGGAAGGGAUCGGUGCAGGAGCGGUGGAAGAUGAUUCCAUUUGUAUAUUAA